GCGGAGCGGGGAGCAAACUCGGACGGUCUUGUAUGGCGGCGGCUUCUGCUGGUUUCCGCCUUGGUACAACAGAGUAAGACCAGUGACGAGGCCUCAGGAAAGCGGCUGCGGACGUGGUAGCCAAGAAGGGGGAAUAAAGACGCCGCGUUCCGAAGGGCAGUUAAAUUGGUUGCCGAAAAACCCACAUCACUGAAAACCAAUGUUUUUCAAGGAAGAAUGUUUUGCUGAAUGGCUGUUUUGCUACUCUUGGUGGAUUCAGAGUGAGGAUGAGGCAGAGCUGUGGACCUCUUUAAGAGCUGUUAAGAGUGAAGAGUUAUUAUGAUGGGAGAGGCUACAAAACCUUGUUUUGCCAGGCGCAGUAAGGAACGGGGAAUUAUAAGUGAUGAUGACUUCCAGAAGUGUGCUUUACGUCAUGAUUACCAAGCAAUGGAUGAUUAUGGAAAUGGACACAACAAGAUGGACAUAGGAACUGAGAAAAGAAAGGGAGCACUGGGUCACUAUGGAACAAGUCCCAGGAAGGGAGCACAUGGUGCUUUGAGUAAUCCAAAUUCUUUUAAAAAUACUGUUCACAAUCAGGGGACAAGGAUAAAUGAUGCCCAGAAAGACCAGAUUAAAAAGUGGGUAUCUGACAACCAUUGUACUAAUUCUGACAGUUGGAGAGAAUAUAAAUCUGCAGCACGGAUUCCUGUGCUUAUCAGGCUGAGGAAUAAUUCUGUUCAUGACUGCGAGGACCUAGGAAGCAGAAAUGUAAGGCGGCAGCUUCAGAGAGAUAUAACAAAUGAGGAAGCAUCAGAUAAGAGAGGGAAUUCUGAAAUGAAGAAACAUAGGAAGCCAAGAAGAUCAAGGAGGAUAAGAAAAGAAGAGAAUGAUCAAGAUGAUAAUAUGGAUGGACCAGUUAUAGAUGAGUCUGCACUGACAGCAAAGGAAUUGCUAGGGUUGCAGCAAGCUGAAGAACGACUGAAGCGAGACUGUAUUUACAGGUUGAGGAAGCGACCUCGAAGCUACCCAACAGCCAAAUAUAGUUGCAAAUUAUGUGAUACUUUGAUAGAGUCUGUGGCAUUUGCUCAUAAGCAUAUAAAAGAAAAAAGACACAAGAAAAACAUAAAGGAAAAGCAAGAAGAACAAUUGCUGACAGCCCUGCCUCCACCAACACCUUUGCAGAUCCAAGCUGUUGACGUUGCCAUUGAGAAAGUAGUGCAAGAAUUUGGUUUAAAUAAUGAAGAUGUGGGACAGAGGCUCAGAAUUAAAACUACAAUGGAAAAUGUGUUGCAUCAAAAAUUGCCAGAUUGUUCUCUAAGACUGUAUGGGUCUUCCUGUAGCAGAUUUGGUUUCAACAAUUCUGAUGUAAAUCUAGAUACCCAGUUUCCAGCCAGUAUGUCCCAACCAGAUGUUCUGUUACUUGUACAAGAAAGCCUAAAGAACAGUGAAUCCUUUAUUGAUGUUGAUGCAGAUUUCCACGCUAGAGUGCCUGUGGUGGUGUGUAAAGAAAAACAAAGCGGUCUUGUUUGCAGAGUAAGUGCAGGGAAUGAAAAUGCUUGUCUAACGACAAAUCACUUGGCUGCCCUAGGAAAGCUAGAACCUCAUCUAGUGCCCCUUGUUGUUGCUUUCAGGCACUGGGCCAAGUUAUGUUGUGCAGAUCGUCCUGAAGAAGGCGGCUUACCACCCUAUGUAUUUGCAUUAAUGGUCAUUUUCUUUCUGCAACAGAGGAGAGAACCCUUUCUGCCUGUUUAUUUAGGAUCUUGGAUUGGAGGAUUUUCAUUAAACAGAUUAGUGGACUUUAAUCUAAAGGACGUUGAAAAUGACACUGUGGUAUGGGAGCACAGUUCUGCUGUCAAUGAGACCAGUUCUUCAAAGGAAUCUUCUCCCAAGAGUGGCAAGGUCCCUUUAGUAUUUGAGUCAGACCGUCAGUGUUCAAUCCCAGUUGGGCAGCUCUGGGUUGAACUGCUUCGUUUCUAUGCCCUGGAGUUUAAUUUGGCAGAUUUGGUCAUCAGCAUACGCCUCAAAGAAAAAGUCUCUCGUGAAUCUAAGGACUGGCCUAAAAAACGGAUUGCUGUGGAAGAUCCCUACUCUGUGAAGAGGAAUGUGGCAAGGACUCUUAAUAGUCAGCUAGUGUAUGAGUAUAUCCUUCACUGUUUACGGGCAACUUACAAGUAUUUUGCCUUGCCCCAAAAGCAGAGUACAAGAACUAAUCAAAAGGAACCUUCUGAAUCCUCUGUAAAGCCUGAAAAUAAUGCCUUGAAACAUGGCAUCUCUGACAUGCAGCAUGUACAUAAUGAAGCAGGGGAACCAGUCAUGGGCAGCUGUGCAGCUACUAUCAAGGAAAGUUCACAUGUUCCUCAAAUUGCCCACGGAGACUCAGACUGCAUAAUUGAAGAAUUUAUAUCUGGUGACAAUGAGGAAUUUAAACCAAGCUGUGAAGAUACUGAAAGUGGAAACGAAGAAGAGGAGGGGGACCAAAAUGUUAGAAAGUGGCAGAUGCAUUUGUGCAUUAACCGAGGUUUGGAUGAAGACAGUGAAAGUGGAGAGCUUGCAGUUCCAGCUACUGAGCAUGAUAUUGAAACAGACAGCAUUUCUGAUUUAGAAAAUUUUCAAAACACUGUGGUUGCUGUUGAUGAAUUUGAUUUAGAAUGCAGUGGAGAACUUAAUGAAAAGGUUGACAUUGAUGAAGGAAGCACAGAAGAUACUGAUGAACUGGAAGAUUCUGUGAUCAAAUUGGAACCACCAACUCAGGAACUGAUAAAUGAAAUAGAUAACUCGGAGGAAGAGGAAGAAGAACAGUGUCUUAUCAUAAAUCAGGAGCAGCGGGGCAAUAUUACCAAUACUGAGGAUGAGCUGGACAACAUUUAUACUGGAUCUGGUGAUGAAGAGGCUCUUUCUGAAGAGGAAGAAUUGUUCAUAUCUGUUAAAUAUAAAGACACUGAACUUAGCAAGAAUGUAGAUGAGCUUCCAAAGAUAUCUUUGACCACUGAAGAUGUUGCUGGGAAAGGCGAAUCUUAUAAAAGCAACUUACCCAUAGAUGAACAUUGUGUAUCUGAAUUCUUCUAUGAAUUUAAUAAAGUAGCUUUCACAAAAGGCAAGUCUCCUACAGUUGUAUGCAGCUUAUGUAAGCGAGAAGGUCACUUAAAGAGGGACUGCCCAGAAGACUUCAAAAAAAUUGAACUAGAUCCCUUGCCUCCAUUAACACCCAAGUUUUCUGCUAUUUUAGAUCAAGUGUGCAUCCAGUGCUACAAGGACUUUGCUCCAAAUAAUAUAGAAGAUCAGGCACGUGAACAUAUAAGACAAAAUCUUGAAAGCUUCAUCCAACAGGAAUUUCCAGGCACCAAAUUAAACUUGUUUGGCUCUUCAAAGAAUGGAUUUGGCUUCAAGCAAAGUGAUCUUGAUAUCUGUAUGACUAUUGAUGGUCUAGAGAGUGCUGAGGGGCUUGAUUGCAUAAGAAUUAUUGAAGAACUUGCGAGAGUGCUGAAGAAACAUUCAGGUCUAAGAAAUAUCUUGCCCAUAACAACUGCUAAAGUGCCAAUUGUCAAGUUUUUCCAUGUCCGAAGUGGUCUUGAAGUAGACAUCAGUUUGUAUAAUACAUUGGCCCUGCAUAACACAAGACUCUUAUCCUCUUAUGCAGCUAUUGAUCCCAGAGUAAAAUAUCUCUGUUAUACAAUGAAAGUCUUUACAAAGAUGUGUGACAUUGGUGAUGCAUCUAGGGGCAGCCUGUCUUCCUAUGCAUAUACUCUUAUGGUGCUUUAUUUCCUUCAGCAAAGAAGCCCACCUGUCAUUCCUGUGCUUCAGGAGAUCUACGAAGAGCAAAAGAAACCUGAGAUUUUAGUUGAUGGUUGGAAUGUCUAUUUCUUUGACAGAAUAGAUGAACUGCCAGCAUUUUGGCCAGACUUUGGUAAAAAUAAUGAAUCCAUUGGAGAGUUAUGGCUGGGACUUUUACGUUUUUAUACUGAAGAAUUUGAUUUUAAAGAACAUGUUAUCUGCAUCAGGAGAAAAAAUUUGCUUACAACAUUCAAGAAACAGUGGACUUCAAAAUAUAUUGUUAUUGAAGAUCCUUUUGAUUUGAAUCAUAAUCUUGGAGCUGGAUUAUCAAGAAAAAUGACAAACUUUAUAAUGAAGGCUUUUAUAAAUGGCAGGCGAGUAUUUGGUGUCCCAGUAAGAGGAUUUCCUAAAGAAUAUUCUUCCAAAAUGGAAUAUUUUUUUGACCCAGAAGUCCUGACAGAAGGAGAAUUGGCUCCAAAUGAUAGAUGUUGCCGAAUCUGUGGUAAAAUAGGACAUUUCAUGAAAGACUGUCCCAUGCGGAGGAAAGUGAGAAGACGACAUGACAGUGAUGAUCCCAAAAACCAAAGGUAUACAGAAAACAAAGAAAAAAGAAGUAAAGAAGACAAAGAGACCCCAGUUAAAACUACAGAACGAGAAGUUUUGCUGAAGGAUGGGAAGUUACAGAUAUGUAUGCCUCAUAGAAACAAAUUGGGCAAAGGCACAAUGGAAACUGGAAAAGAGAAGACUGCUAAGCAGCCAGUGGAAAAAUGGAAGCGACAAGAAGACAGGGAUUUAAGAGAGAAGCGUUGUUUUAUUUGUGGGAGGGAAGGCCACAUUAAAAAAGAGUGCCCACAGCACAAAGCAGCUGCAGGUGUUCUGAAGUCAGAAGUUUUAUGUGGGUCUCCUUUAUCCAAUGCUGUUAAACACUCUGGUAGAUUAAGUCAGGGACUACUUCUACAGGAAGAAAAAAAGAAACAGAAAGGAAAAAUACACUUGAGUCCCCAGUCAGGCAGCCUUUCCAGCAAAUACAUGACUCAGGGAAAAGCUUCGCAGAAGAGAUCCCAUCAAGAUUCAUGAGAGACUGAAGCAGUCUUUUAAGUUGCAAUACAGACCGUCCAUUUACUUAAGAAAUGUUUAUUUUUGUUUAGAGUCUCCAGGUUCACAAAACAGCAGCACAAGCAGUCUUCAGCUUAAAUUUAAAGAGAACACACUUUAUUUUAAUUAAACUGCUAAAGAUGAAAGAGCAAUGGAUUUUAAUGUUUGUUCUUACCAUGAAUCUCCCUGCUCUUAAUAAGUUUGAGCAUUUUAAUAGAAAACCAUGAUUGUAUUUACUACAAAAUACAAAACAUGUAGAUCAAGGAAUUCCCCAAUCCAGACCACUUCAGAGAGUUUUCUACAUUCAGCCUGAAUGUUUGAGUGCACUUAAUGGGGUGCAAGCCAAAUACAGCGUCACCUUCAAAAUAUUAUUUUUGAAGGAUAAAGGGGUUAUUUAUUAAUGAUGAACAUUUAUUGAUUUCUUUUGUUAAAUGUCUAAAAUGUUUCUGGAUUGCUACUGCCAUAACUUACAAAUAUUUUAACCUAUGGGGAACUAAACAUGGACAUUAAGUAAACUUUUAUGUAAAAUCUC